CGCAUGUAUGGUUUGACUGUGUGUGAAAGAAUUUGUGCGUGGUGUGUUCUGGAGUUUGGGAAUGUGUUCUGUGUUAUUUUGUUUGAGCAGGUAUUUGUGAUGAUAGAUCUUGAGAAGAUCUUUCCGACGCAACAAGAAUCUCUUCAAUUGGAGCAAGAACGCGAAAGCUAUGAAGAUUCAAAGUUCUUGAGCUUGCGUUACAAUUGCGGCGGUUACAGAGUGAAGUUGUGGGGUGACUCACAAUGGAGUUGGGACCUUUGGGGUUGGGGAAAUUCGUCACUCUACUGUAACAGCUGCAAAUUGGUUGGGAACAACCAAAACUAGAGCGAUAUUGAGGACAUUGAGAGGAGUCUACAGAAGUGUGAAGACCCUUCUAGACCCACCAUGGCCUGUGGGCGUGCCUAAGUGGUGUUCUAAAGGUUGGAUGUGACUUCCGCUAAGGGGAAACUCUGCCGAAAUUUCGUGGACGCCGACACUUGUGAAAAUAUCGAGGGAGCUGAGUCUGGACAGCAAAGGGGGAGCUGAAAUUCGUCAUUUCUCAAGGAGAAGAUGAAUGAGAGAGGAGGAGAUGCUAAUGGAAGAGGAGCUGUACCUGAGAAGACAAGUGAGCCGCCACCAUCAAAAGUUGAAGCUUUGGAUGGCUCCAACUAUGAGGAAUGGAGCGGGCGCAUGAGGAGUGCCUUCAAACGCUACAAGCUACUGAAGAUUGCUGUUGGGGAGGAGAAGAUGCCGGAAGAAGGCGAAGAACGCGAACGGUGGAUUGAGAAAAGCGCGGUGCUUUUCGACCUCAUCCUUCAAUCGGUCAACAAGGAGAUGUUCGAGCACAUCAAGGAUCUUGUGGAAGCGGAUGAUUCGGGUCCAAGGGCGUGGAAACUACUACGCGAUGUGAUUCAGCCCAACACUCUUCCGAUGGUGAUCGUGCUCGAGAAGGAACUUGCUGCAAUCUCCAUGCGACCAGGGGAUGAUGUGAAGCCGGUCCUUGACAAGAUCAAGGACACCUAUGCAAGGAUGGCAGCAGCGGGCAGCAGCGUUUCUCAGCUGCAGCAGUGCACCAAGAUCAUCUCGGUGUUGGAUAACUCGUGGGACAACCUCAUCCCCACCCUCAACUCUCAGCAAGAUCAAUGGACACCUGACAGGCCGGAGGGAUGGGCACCUCCAGGCAUGAAGCCGCCCAGUGGUGAACGCGCACAAGGUGGUGCUGUGCAAGGCUCAGGUGCACAAGGUGAAGGUGCACAAGGUAAUGCCUAUCCUGGGAUGUUUCUCAUGGUUGAGGAUGUGCAUGGGCAUGAGGGUGAUGUGGGAUCUGUGGGAAAGGUUGUGAUGCACCCUCUCACGCACUGGAAGAGCAAGGCCGAAGUGACCUUUGGACCAACCAGCUGCCGUGCUAAGCUUGGGAAGAAGGUGCUGUGGAGUCUGGAAGAGGAGACCAGCUGCAUCAAGGACCUAUGGCAGCUGCCCAUCAUCCCUUGGAAUGGGAAGACUCCAACAACAGCAACGGCAGCAACGGCAAAGGCAACAGCAGGAGGAGAUGCAACUGCACCAACUGAUGGGGUCCUGGAAGCAGUCAAGAAAGCUUCAUCAAGGAGUGGUGAGGCCGAUUGGGAGACAUGGCAUGAGAGGCUGUGUCAUGUAAACUUCCCUAUGCUGCAGAAGUUGGUGAAGGAUGGGAGCCUGAAAGGCUUGGAGGUGAAAGUGGGAGUGAAGGAGAUUGGGAGCUGCCCUACAUGCUUGGAGACCAAGUUCUCCAAAUUCCCCUUCAACAGCACUACAGGACCAGCCAAGACCCCACUUGCACUUGUGCACAUGGAUGUGGUGGGGCCCACAAGAGCCCCUUCCCUCUCAGGCAGCCGCUAUUUCUUGACAAUUGUGGAUGACCACACUCGGGCAGUGUGGGUUUACCCUUUGAAGAGCAAGGGUGAGGUGGCAGCGGCUGUCCUUAAGGAGUGGAUGCCUAGAGCUCGGAGGGAAUGCGGACACAAGGUGAAGGUGAUCCGCAGUGAUAAUGGUGGGGAGUUCAUUGGAGCUGAUUUUGAGGGGGAGUUGAAGAGGAAGGGGAUCCAGCAUCAACUGACAGUCGCCCUUGUGAAGAACAGGGUGCUGGCUACAAUUGGGGAUAAGGAGUGGAUCCCAUAUGUCAAGUGGUAUGGGAGUGCUCCAGCUGUGAACAUGCUGAGGGCGUUUCGGUGCAUGGUGGUGUUUCAUGUGCCUAAGGAGAAAAGGGGGAAGUUCGAGGCUUCUGGAAGAUGGGGUGUGCACUUGGGAAUUGCAAAGGAUCACAAGGGGUGGCUGCUGUGGGACUUGACCACCCAGAAGCUGACAGUGUCAAGGGAUGUGAAGUUUCUUGAGUCCCUGUACUACAAGGAAUGGAAGCAGCAGCAACAGAAGCUUCCAUCUACACCGCUCAUUGUGGAGGUAGAUGAGGUGCAGCGGCCUUCAAGACAGGUGGAAGUUGCAGUGUCUGAGGAGGAGAUGUCUGGGGUGACUGAGGAAGGGGGAGCAGCUGAAGUGGAGCAGCAGCAGCAGCAGCAGCAUGAGUCUCCACCUCGAGUUCCACACCCGCCUGAGCGACCUAGGAGGGAUGUGCGCCCUCCGGUGAGGCUGACCUAUGGGGGAAGAGGCAAGCCGAAUGUGGUGCAGGCUGGGAGUGUGGUUGAGCAGAUUGAGGAAGAUGAGAUUGCAUUGUGCUAUUGGGCUGCAAUUCCUCAGCCAAAGAAGGAGCCGACGGUGAUCUUCUGUGACAAUGAGUCUGCUGUGAAGCUCGCCAAGAAUGCUUGUCUGCAUGGGCUUACAAAACACAUAAGGCCUAAGUGGCACUGGGUGAGGAGACUCCUUGAUAAGGAGGUGCGGCUGGAGAUCGUGAAAACCCAUCAGCAGGCAGCAGAUAUUUUCACUAAGCGUCUGGCGGAGGCGGAUCAUUGGAAGGGCAUGAAGCUUGCUGGGAUGAGUGUGCAUUGAGUAUGCAUGCUUGAGAUGUGGCAUGAUGGAUGAUGGUUGGCAGCCAGAGGGGGAGAUUGUUGUGUGAUGUCAUCAUAUGCUAUCACAUUCUGUCUGCCUCCCAUCCCUCGUUUCAAUUCGCAUGUAUGGUUUGACUGUGUGUGAAAGAAUUUGUGCGUGGUGUGUUCUGGAGUUUGGGAAUGUGUUCUGUGUUAUUUUGUUUGAGCAGGUAUUUGUGAUGAUAGAUCUUGAGAAGAUCUUUCCGACGCAACAAGAAUCUCUUCAAUUGGAGCAAGAACGCGAAAGCUAUGAAGAUUCAAAGUUCUUGAGCUUGCGUUACAAUUGCGGCGGUUACAGAGUGAAGUUGUGGGGUGACUCACAAUGGAGUUGGGACCUUUGGGGUUGGGGAAAUUCGUCACUCUACUGUAACAGCUGCAAAUUGGUUGGGAACAACCAAAACUAGGUUGGCAAUGGUGGCCAACUUG